AUGAACAUCAACAUAAACUUGCGACAGAAGCGUCGCUCGUUCUCCCAGUGGUGGCGACUCGCGUCAAAGUCAACCAGGAUAGAAAGAACGAGAGAGGAAAGAGAAGAGCAGAAAAUGGAGGGAUACAUAAUUCCUAAGAAGAAAACAAGCAACAAUGAUCCCUAUGGCUUAUACAGCACGCUGUCCAAGGAAGAAGCGAGACGAGAAAGAGAGAAGAUAGCCAGGCUCUCCAGGGAGGCGUGGGAGAGAGCCCAGAAGAAAGAUUACGCAGAUGUGGAAAAUAAAACCAGCGUGAAAAGGAAGUCGACUCAUGAAAGCAGCAGCAGCAGUAAACGUUUCAGGUCUUCUCAUAGCCAGUCGUUCGUGAAUCAUGACAACAGAUGGAAGCACAGUCUGCCGAUAUCUGCCACAGAAACGUACCUGGAAUCUGCUAAACCACCAAAGAAGCCAAUCGUCAGACACGCUAACAAAAAAGGCGUCCCCCCACCCAUGGACUUUAAGACAGUUCUUGCUAUGGCUGAAGAAACUCAGAGAGAGAGGGUGAGACCUACAGCAGCAAUCUCGAGAAACAAGAUAGGGAAGACGCAGAGACCAAAUGCUGAGAAGGAAAGGAAGAUGCAGAGAUCAAAGGUUGUAGAGGAAGGGAAGAGGCGGAAACCAAAGGCUGAGGAGGAAGGGAAGAGGCAGAGAUCAAAGGCUGGGGAGGAAGGGAAGAGGCAGAGAUCAAAGGCUGAGGAGGAAGGGAAGAGGCGGAGACCAAAGGCUGAGGAGGAAGGGAAGAGGCACAGUUCAAAGGCUGAGGAGGAAGGGAAGAGGCACAGUUCAAAGACUGAGGAGGAGGAGAAGAGGCAGAGACGAAAGGCUGAGGAGGAGGAGAAGAAGGAGAAAACAAAGUCUGUGGAGUGUCGGCGUUUGUUGAAAUUUUGCGGUGACAAACCCCUGCGCCAGAGAGACGGGUCGGACGAUGGCGCCGCUGCUCCAUCUGGGACGUCCCAGACGAGGACAUCGACACCCUCUUCUUGUUCGUCUAGGGACAAAUCACAGAGCUCGACAGAGAGCCAGUACGUGACUGGUGUGGGUACCGAGUCGCCAAACAACAACAGUUGCAGCAAACGUAGCAACGGAGGCCAUAGCAGCAGCCGCAAAAUUCGCAAUAACCGCAACAGCAACAUCAAGAAAAACUGCAGCAUAAACAAUGACAACGACAACAACAACAUCGGGAGCUGCAACAACGAUAAGAGCAAAAACAACAGCAACAACAACAAGCUGAGCGCCAGUAAGAGAAAGGCACUUUCAGUGUGUGGGCGGAGCGGUGUGGACGAGGUGAAGGAAGCGACUACGCCAUCCUCUCCUCAGAAUUCCGUAAACCCUUUGGAUGAGACCACCAGUCACGUUCACGAAAAGCCACACACUCAACUUCAGACUGCAAAGUCAACCAGGAUAGAAAGAACGAGAGAGGAAAGGGAAGAGCAGAAAAUGGAGGGAUACAGAAUUCCUAAGAAGAAAACAAGCAACAAUGAUCCCUAUGGCUUAUACAGCACGCUGUCCAAGGAAGAAGCGAGACGAGAAAGAGAGAAGAUAGCCAGGCUCUCCAGGGAGGCGUGGGAGAGAGCCCAAAAGAAAGAUUACGCAGAUGUGGAAAAUAAAACCAGCGUGAAAAGGAAGUCGACUCAUGAAAGCAGGAGCAGCAGCAGUAAACGUUUCAGGUCUUCUCAUAGCCAGUCGUUCGUGAAUCAUGACAACAGAUGGAAGCACAGCCUGUCACCGAUAUCUGCCACAGAAACGUACCUGGAACCUGCUAAACCACCAAAGAAGCCAAUCGUCAGACACGCUAACAAAAACGGCGUCCCCCCACCCAUGGACUUUAAGACAGUUCUUGCUAUGGCUGAAGAAACUCAGAGAGAGAGGGUGAGACCUACAGCAGCAAUCUCGAGAAACAAGAUAGGGAAGACGCAGAGACCAAAUGCUGAGAAGGAAAGGAAGAUGCAGAGAUCAAAGGUUGUAGAGGAAGGGAAGAGACGGAAACCAAAGGCUGAGGAGGAAGGGAAGAGGCAGAGAUCAAAGGCUGAGGAGGAAGGGAAGAGGCGGAGACCAAAGGCUGAGGAGGAAGGGAAGAGGCACAGUUCAAAGGCUGAGGAGGAAGGGAAGAGGCACAGUUCAAAGGCUGAGGAGGAGGAGAACAGGCAGGAAGGGAAGAGGCAGAGACGAAAGGCUGGGGAGGAGGAGAAGAGGCAGAGACGAAAGGCUGAGGAGGAGGAGAAGAAGGAGAAAACAAAGUCUGUGGAGUGUCGCCGUUUGUUGAAAUCUGGCGGUGACAAACCCCUGCGCCAGAGAGACGGGUCGGACGAUGGCGCCGCUGCUCCAUCUGGGACGUCCCAGACGAGGACAUCGACACCCUCUUCUUGUUCGUCUAGGGACAAAUCACAGAGCUCGACAGGGAGCCAGUCCGUGACUGGUGUGGGUGCCGAGUCGCCAAACAACAACAGUUGCAGCAAACGUAGCAACGGAGGCCAUAGCAGCAGCCGCAAAAUUCGCAAUAACCGCAACAGCAACAUCAAGAAAAACCGCAGCAUAAACAAUGACAACAACAACAACAACAACAACAACAACAACAUCGGGAGCUGCAACAACGAUAAGAGCAAAAACAACAGCAACAACAACAAGCUGGGCGCCAGUAAGAGAAAGGCACUUUCAGUGUGUGGGCGGAGCGGUGUGGACGAGGUGAAGGAAGCGACUACGCCAUCCUCUCCUCAGAAUUCCGUAAACCCUUUGGAUGAGACCACCAGUCACGUUCAAGAAAAGCCACACACUCAUCUUCAGACUGAUCCGGGUGAGCAGAUAGAGGUUCCAGGUGAUCAUUCUGACGCUGUCCAAGAUCUCAAUAUAGAUGUCCCCAUUGCUGGUGAAUCUGUAGAAGAAUUUGUGUAUGGAGACCUAAAGGAUUGGAUCUCACAAGAACUUCGGAAAAUGUGCUGUUUUGAUGGAAGCGGGUCCAAAGGUGACAGCACAGAAGAUGACGUAUCCAGUAUGGAGACAGAUCCCAGCAAUUUGUUGUAA